AUGAAGUCCUUCCAACUUGUAUCCAUGAUAAUGAUCCUCCUAGCACAGCGAGCAACGUGUUUUGUGCAAAGAAGUCCUUUGAGCUUGUCUUCCAGCAAGAGUGUGUUCUCACAGGACCUUUCCAUGGAUGUGUCGGCCAUCACUGAAGCUUCGCACUCGCUCUCCACCGCUGCGGCAUCAUCGGGAAUGCUUCUUGCCGAAACUGAAGCUUGGGUGCAACCUACCGCACUUUUGCUUGGUCCAUUUUUGAAUUUUCUUUCUUUUGCAAUGCUUUGCCGAGUGGUAGCGUCAUGGUACCCUGAAACCAAUUUGAAUAAAGUCCCAUGGAUUUUCGUAGCAUGGCCCACAGAACCACUUCUUCGGUUGGUCAAGGGCGUAGUUCCUCCUGCAUUCGGCGUUGAUAUCACUCCCGUAUUUUGGUUGGCUAUUUUCACAUUCUUGAACGAGAUUCUCUUGGGGCAACAGGGUUUGUUGGUCAUGAAGAUGAAAUAUGGCAUUUAG